GCGGAGGGGAGCGACGGCCCGAUGGGGCGGCCGGCCGGCAGCCUGGCCCCGCUCCGGCUGCUGCUGCUCCUGGCGCUGGGACACGCCUGGACCUACCGGGAGGAGCCGCAGGACGGCGACAGGGAGGUUUGCUCCGAGAACAAAAUCGCCACCACCCGGUACCCCUGCCUGAAAUCCACGGGAGAGCUCACCACCUGCUUCAGGAAAAAAUGCUGUAAGGGUUAUAAGUUUGUUCUUGGACAGUGCAUCCCUGAAGACUAUGAUGUCUGCGCCGAAGCUCCCUGCGAACAGCAGUGCACAGAUAAUUUUGGGAGAGUCUUAUGCACUUGCUAUCCUGGAUACCGCUAUGAUCGGGAGAGGCACAGGAACAGAGAGAAGCCUUACUGCCUGGAUAUCGAUGAGUGUGCCACGAGCAAUGGUACUCUGUGCUCUCAGAUCUGUGUCAACACCAUGGGCAGCUACAGGUGCGAGUGUCACGAAGGCUACGUCCGGGAGGAGGAUGGCAGGACAUGCACCAAAGGAGAUAAAGCAGCUGGGUUUCCUGAGAAAUCUGAAAAUGUGGCGAAACUGGGGACAUGCUGUGCCUCUUGUAAGGAAUUCCAUCAAAUAAAGCAGACAGUUUUACAGCUGAAGCAAAAGGUUGCUUUGCUGCCAAAUAAUGCUGCUGACCUUAGCAAGCAAAUCACUGGUGAAAAAGUGCUUGCCUCUAAUGCAUAUAUCCCUGGCCCCCCAGGCCAGCCUGGCCAACCAGGCCCUCCAGGGGCUCCAGGACCUAAAGGGAGUCAAGGAGCUCCUGGAUUACCUGGACCUCCUGGACAGCCAGGCCCCCGUGGAUCAAUGGGACCAAUGGGCCCAUCUCCAGACAUAUCACACAUUAAACAGGGCAGACGGGGCCCUGUGGGCCCACCUGGCGCCCCUGGGAGAGAUGGUAGCAAGGGGGAGCGAGGAGCACCAGGACCAAAGGGGAUACCUGGCCCACCAGGUUCAUUUGAUUUCCUAUUGCUGAUGAUGGCAGACAUCAGAAAUGACAUCGCUGAGCUGCAAGAGAGAGUGUUUGGACACAGGACUCAUUCAUCAACAGAAGAGUUUCCAUUACCUCAGGAAUUCACAAACUAUCAUGACACAGUAGAUUUUGGAUCCGGAGAAGACUACAAACCACGGGCAACAUCCAGGAGCACCAGGAUACAGAAGGCAGACCACCCCUAGCUAUUCCUACUGAAAAAAAAGGCUCUUUAGAAUUCUUCAAUAUUAAAAAAAUGCACUGACAAUGUUAUAUAUAUAUAUAUAUAUAUAUAUAUAUAUGUCUAUAUAUAUAUAUAGAUAUAAUUUCCCAUUUUUCUUUCUGCUUUUCCUGAACCAUGCUGCCUGUACUAUAGCUUUCCUGGUCCAUGGUAGUAGCCUCCUUGCAGAAAUUCCAUACUGCCAAGCCUGCACUGUGCACUGUACCUAGACUAUCAAAAAGCCUUCUUAGCAUAUAGUAUGAUUAAGGCAUGCUCUAGCUAAUAACACAGACCACAGCAUUCCAUUUGCCUGCUUUGCAUUCUAUGUCCAAAUGACCCAGUACACAAAUUUUGCCAAGGACAAAGGGUUAGCUGAACAUCAUCCUUGAAUGAUGUUAAUGAUGAACACCUUGGUCCACAGUUACUUUAUGAAUGCAAAUAAAUUAUGCCACUAAACUCAAGUCUCCAGCUACUGUCCCCAGGCAUAGGAGAGUGUGAGGAGUGGACCCGUGUUUCACAGCAGAGUCCACAUGUCCUCUAUUAUGCCUCAUCAAGGCAGAAAAAGGCAAAAAAAAAUACACUGAAGGGUUAAACAAGAGUGCUGUUGCUUGAUCAGGAAACUAUUCAGCUUUGUGUUGCUAGAGUAUUGUUCAAAGACAGUCAAAAGAUGUGUGCGUCCUAAACUACUUUAGGACAAUACAAGCACUACUUUUUCUUUGCCAUUAUCCCACUGCUCAGUGUGAAGGCCAGUUAGCUUUCUCAACAGCUUUGUGCUGGAUACAUUACACAAAGAUAAUUAAGAUAAAGGGGAUGUUUAAAGCAGGAAACCAAAACACAAGUGAAUCAAGCAGGCUUAUUGGCAAGAACAAAAUAUAUCCCAGCCUUACAGAAAGAGUCAGGUUCUGACUUCUUGCAGGUGCAUAUCUUCAUUGGUGAAAUUUUGAAAUCUGAGUGAAAUCAAGACCAGAAAGAGGCCUCAUGUUUGCAUAGAGCUUCCACCUGUUUUGUUCCUCUGCUGCAUGAGACCAACCUAAACGGCUUUCACCAAACUGGACCACAGAGUGGCAGUGUGUUUGGCUGGGUCUACGAGGAGUGUGAGUAGGAGCAGGAGUGCACAUGACAGAACAUUUCAACUGGUACAAGGAUGGCUAAGGUGAGGUAUUGCACAUGGGAUCCUAUGCUUGUGAAUGGGGAUAAAAGGGAGUUCCCUUUAUUUACACUGGAAAAUUGGAUGCACAAGUUAUACCAUACCUCAUGGAUGAUGUAUGUUGCCAUUUCUUUUGGAUUACUGAGAACUUUGCCAUGCUUAGAAUAUAAUGGAGUAUAUUAAGCACAAAAUUUCAAAAUUGUGUCUGUGUAUCUGCUACUUCUACAGUCUUUUUAGUGUUCGGUAGCGUCCAUGUCACAAAUGCAAAGAGAAAGUUGUUAUUUUGCCAUGUUUUUCCGGGCUUGCAUGUUCCAGUAGAAUAAAUACAGUUAAAAAUAUAAGAAGGGCCUUUUCAGAUAACACAUAAAGGUUUUGAUUCCAUUCCACA